GCCCUCGAGAACUUCAAAGAUCAAGCCAAGGACGCGUUUUGGGCUCUAUCGUCUUGUCUUUGCCAGCAAACACCAAAGGUCAAGAUUAACGGACGAACAUUUCAGAUAACGAAAGUCCUUGGAGAAGGAGGGUUCUCGUUUGUAUAUCUUGCGCAGGAUGAACAUAGUGGGAGGCAGUUUGCGUUGAAGAAGAUACGGUGUCCGACGGGGCAGGAGGGGGUUAAGGAAGUUAUGAGGGAGGUAGAGGCGUAUCGGAGGUUUAAACACCCGAAUAUUAUUCGAAUAUUGGACUCUGCAGUUGUACAAGACCCAGAAGGCGAAGGCCAGAUCGUCUAUCUCUUCUUACCGCUAUACAAGAGAGGCAACUUGCAAGACAUGAUAAAUUCCAACGUCGUCAACGGGCAACACUUUCCUGAACAAGAGAUGGUGCGCCUCUUCAAAGGGACGUGUCUUGCCGUCCGCGCUAUGCAUGAGUAUCGGCCCACCACGCCACGGGUGGAGGACGAGGGUGAUGUUGACGUUGUGUUUGAUGGGGACGAGGAGCAGCAGCAGGAUGGACCGCCGCUGGCGGUGGUUCCGUAUGCUCAUAGGGAUUUGAAGCCGGGCAAUGUGAUGAUUGCGGAUGAUGGUGUUACGCCAAUCUUGAUGGACUUUGGUAGUACGAUGAAGGCCCGCAUUUUUAUUGAAAAUCGGUCGCAGGCUCUCUACCAGCAGGAUAUUGCAGCUGAACAAAGUACCAUGUCCUACCGGGCACCCGAACUAUUCGACGUGAAAACGGGUCAAACUCUUGACGAGAAAGUUGAUAUAUGGUCAUUAGGCUGCACCCUCUACGCUCUCGCUUACUCGCAUUCUCCCUUUGAAAACACACAGACGACAGAACAGGGCGGUUCGAUAGCAAUGGCUGUUUUGAAUGCGCAAUAUAAACAUCCACAGUCGGCGUAUUCGCGGGGAUUGAGGGAUCUAAUUGAUAGUAUGCUCAAGGUC